UUUAGGGUCUUCAUAUCAUUCACAUUAAAGCACUGGAAUUGGCAACAGCUGGCCUAAAUUCCCGCAACUGGGAGUUUAACCCGUUUUGUCUCGUGUGUAUUUGGUCUGUUUCCUUACUUGAAGAGAUUGAGAGCUGACGCUCGCGGCUCGCCCCUCCUCGUUUCACUCGUUCUGCCGUGGUGGAGCCGCGAGCUCAACAGCCGGUCCCUCCUCCCGCGCAAAGCGGACGUAUCCGCACGCGCCGCCAGCUGGAAGUUCCACUCUCGAGUCCUUCACCAGACCACAGAUCCAGCAACCACUGGAGCUGCUCAGCGGACCUGAGAGAGACCAACCACUGGAGCUGCUCAACGGAUCUGAGAGAGACUCGUCGCUUAUUCCCUCUCUUCUUCUCUUUUUUUACAUUUUGUUUUUUUUAUUAACCCUUCGAUUGGUGAAGCUAAUAAAUACAUCUUAAUUGGUUCUGUUUGGAUAUACCAUGCAACCGUAAAGAAGAAAGUGUUUUUGAAAACUUUGAAGACAUGUUUUUGAAAACUUUGAUCGAUUUCUGAAUGAAAACACCUGCAUAUUGGUGCAGCUGCGAUCUCCAUAUCCUAUAAAUUCUUCGGCGAUUUGAAAGUUCUGCCGUCACGGGAGGAGAAAUGCGCUCGUAAGGGAGGGGAGAUGGGUCAUGUUGCGCUGUGACAUGCAUCGACUCAACCCGGUCAGACUGUAAGCGAGAAGUUGUUAAGAGCGCGAGUUCGUUCGGUGGAGGAUGAGAAUGGACCUUCCUGCUGAUCGCGUGCAGCUGUUGCUGCUGCUGCUCGCGCAGCUGGCUCUGACGCUGUCUCGGCCCGGGGAGGCUUGCCCGCGACCGUGCUCGUGCCAGCAGUCCGCGGAGGUGCACUGCACGUUCCGCUCCCUGAUGGCCAUUCCCGCGGGGAUACCACGGCAGGUGGAGCGCAUGAACCUGGGGUUUAACACCAUCGGUCGGAUCACGGACUCCUCGCUGGCCGGCCUCGGGAAGCUCGAACUGCUCAUGAUGCACGGGAACGACAUCCACAACAUUCCUGACGGGGCAUUCCGAGAUCUCAAUUCGCUGCAGAUGCUGAAGCUGAGCUACAACAAGCUGCGGGAGCUGCGUCGCGAGGCGCUGCGGGGCCUGUGGAGUCUGGCGAGGCUCCAUCUGGACCACAACCGUCUGGAGGUGCUGCACCCCGACGCCUUCCAGGGCCUCACGGCGCUGCGUCUGGUGCAGCUGGAGGGGAACCGCCUGCAGCAGCUCCACCCGCACACCUUCUGCACCUUCUCCCUCCUGGGCCACUUCCCCCUCUCCACCCUCCGGCACCUCCACCUGGCCGACAACGCCCUCCGCACCCUGCCCCGCGCCCUCCUGCUGCAGGCCACGCCCCACCUGGAGAGCCUCACGCUGCACGGCAACCCCUGGAGCUGCGACUGCGACAUGAGGUGGUUCAGGGCCUGGACCCAGCGAUCCCCAGGAGUGCUGAAGUGUAAGAAGGACCGGGCGUACGAGGGGGGGCAGCUGUGCCCUCUCUGCUCCUCCCCCUCCCCCCUCAGACAGAAGGAGCUGCAGGAGAUGGACGACCUCACUUGCUCCGCCCCCGUCAUCAGCUCCGCCCACAGGAGCUCCGCCCCCGAGGACACGGAGAGCGAGGUGACGGCCUCCGAGGAGUUCCGACCCGCGCUGGGCAACGUCUCCCUGGGCCUGACGGACGAACACGGCAACAAGGUGGACCUGGACUGCAGCGUCCGGGAGACCACCGGCGAACAGACCCGGAUCAGCUGGUCCCAGCUCAGCACCGGCGCCAUCUCGGCCAACGUGUCGUUCUCCGUGGACCUGGAGUGCCCGAUCGACCGGGGCAACUACGAGCGGCUCUGGCGACUCAUCGCCUACUACAGCGACGUCCCGGCACACCUGCAGCGGGAGGUCAUGCUGAGCAAGGACCCGGAUCUCAGCUACCGGUACCGGCAAGACCCGGAGCGGGACGCCCUCUACUUCACGGGCGUGCGGGCCAGCGUGAGGGCCCGGCCCGGCUGGGUCAUGCAGCCCGAGCUGGACCUGCAGCUGAACCGGCGCCGGUCCACGGGGAAGCUCGUCAGGCUCCUGCUGAGCGCUCGCACCACCCAGCUCCUGGAGCCGCAGAAGGCCAGGACCCAGCGACGGGCCUGGGUGCUCGUCCAGAACCACAACCUCACCAGAACUGCCGUCACCACGGUGGUGGGCAAGCCCGUCCAGCUGGAGUGUAGCGUGACGAGCUCCGGCGACCCGGUGGUGGGUUGGGUUCUGCCGGACGGGUCGCGGGUCGAGGCCCCGUACCGCAGCGCCGACGGGAGGCUGGCGGUGUCGGAGGCCGGCGAGCUGUCGAUCCGCGCGGUGGAUCACGCGGAUGCAGGGCUGUACUACUGCACGGCACAGGCGGGCGGCGACUUCAGCGCGACGCCCUUCCGCCUCGCCGUGGAGGAGUCGUCGAGCCCGCCGCCCGGGGGCGAGGGGGUGACGGCGCCGGUGUCGGGGUUCGCCUCCGAGCGCGUGGCCCUGCCCUGCGAGGCGUCGGGGUCGCCUGACGCGGAGCGGCACUGGAUCCUGCCGGACGGGCGCGUGCUGAGCCCCCACUCAAGCUCCGCCGCCCCCCGCGCCCUCCUCUCGCCCAACGGCUCGCUGGUCCUGCCCCACGCCCAGCUCGCAGACAACGGCUACUACAAGUGUGUGGCCGUCAGCGUGCACGGCGUGGACGUCCUCGCCACCAAGCUCACGCUCUCCCGUCGCCCGGGGAAACCCCUGCAGAGGCCUCCCGCCCAGCCCCAGGGGGCCAAGGGGGUGUCCACGCGUGUGAAGGCCCCCCAGGAGCGGGGCGAGGAGAAGGAGGAAGAGGGGGCGUCUGGAGACGAGGGGGUCCAGGAGGCCGAGGAGGAGGCGUCGUCCGUGAGGAGCGCGGAGACCCCCCCACUGCGGAGACGGGUCCCACAGGGAGGGGCGCGGAGGGGGGGGCAUCCGUCACGGAACUCCUGGAGACGCCCGGGGGGGGUGCAGAGGAAGAUCGUCAGCAGGCCCGGUUCCCACGGUAACGAGAGAGGCUCGGUAGAGACGACGCGGCGACGGGUCGGUCUGUCGAACAGUCAGAUUGAUCCGGAGCGGUGGGCCGACAUCCUGGCCAAGGUUCGGGACAGAACCAGAAACACCACGCCGAGUCCGUCUCCGUCCCCCACAGAACCGUCACUCACAGACGACGAGGUGACCACUCCUAUGUCACCAGAGUCGUCAGACCUCACCUCGGUCACCACAGAGUUCCCAGACGAGCAGGAGGAAGAGGAAGCGGACACAGACAUGACAUCCCAGAAGUCAGAUAACCCCACGACAGAGAGUCCACUGGACUACUCAGAACAGGAUCAGACCGAAGAAGAAUCCACAACUCCAGAACCCACCACAGAACGCCCAAUGGACUUCAGCUCCCUCUACACUGAGGUCCAGACUGCCCGAACAACAACAGAGUUCCCCCAGGACUUACAGAAGGAACAGAACCCAGACCCAACCACAGACACCUCUCUGGACUUAUAUGAGCCAGAGGAUCAGAUGGAAGACCCUACCACAGAGACCCCCCUGGACUUAUAUGACCCAGAGGAUCAGAUGGAAGACCCCACCACAGACACCCCUCUGGACAUACGCUCCCUGUAUGCUGAGGAGCAGACACAUGUCAUCUACCAGAUCUCUGCUCCUGACACAGACGCAGACGCAGACUCACUACUGAAACUGAUCAGAGACAUACCACUCAGACUGGCCAAGAAGAGCAAAGACAGACGAGUGAGACUGGCCAAAGACUUGAUACUGAAGAUGAUCAAAGACAUACCACUCAGACUGGCCAAAGACUUGAUACUGAAGAUGAUCAAAGACAUACCACUCAGACUGGCCAAAGACUUGAUACUGAAGAUGAUCAAAGACAUACCACUCAGACUGGCCAAAGACUUGAUACUGAAGAUGAUCAAAGACAUACCACUCAGACUGGCCAAAGACUUGAUGCGGAGGCUGAGGAAGGACACUCCACUCAGACUGGCCAAAGACAUGUCGCCAGAGGAAGAGGAAGAGGAAGACACAGAGCUCAGGGGAAACAGGAAGUCCAGUGUUCAGGAUAAGGACAUGCAGACGCCAGCUCAGGAAAACAGGAAGUCCAGUGUUCAGGAUAAGGACAUGCAGACGCCAUCUCAGGGAAACAGGAAGUCCAGUGUGCAGCAUCAGGGAGAGGGGGGGCUGGAUGUGUCCGACGCAGGUGAGGCGGGGGGCACACUUCCUCAGGGACAGGGAGAGCACAGCUCUGAGGGUGAGCUCACACCCCUGCAGCCCCCCACAACUCCCCCCACCAGCACCAGCCCUGCAGCGCGCCCCUACACCCGCCCUGCAGUGAACCCCUACACCAGCCCUGCAGUGAACCCCUACACCCGCACUGCAGGGCGCCCGACCACCCCCACCACCACCCCCUCUUCUACCCUGGGCACCAUGACCUCCAGCCCAGACUCGCCCUUCACCCCUCCCAGCAGCUCAGCGUGGCCUCAGGGCAAGGGCUCCCGCAGGCGGGGUGGGGGGGGCAGCAGACGGAGACGGCCCGGCGGCCGCGUCAGGAACAGACCAGACGGCGGCUCCAGGACCCCCCUGCUGGACAGGAGCCACGCGUCUCAGCCCGCCGUCUCCCCCGCCUCCACCUCAUCCUCCUCCUCCUCGGCCCCGGCUUGGCCCACGGUGGCGUCGUCCCGGCCCAGAAUAGAAACGGCGCCGCGGGCCAAGAGCACCACGGCAGCAGCCAGCCCCGACUCUGCUGUUCCACUCCCCGACAGCCAGACGCCGUCACCAGGCGGAGUGAGUCACCACAGGCCCCGGCCCAACACAGGCGGCUCUUUAUACACAAACACAAAGCUGCCUGCUCAUGACGUGGACGGUGGUGGAGCUCCACAUGUUUCCACUACAGCAGCCUCACAGGACACUUCCUCCCAGGACACUGCCUCUGCGGAGCGUCUCUCCCCCCCUCCGCCUCCGCCUCCGCCUCCCGAGCCCAGUGCCCCGUCUGACUCGAGUCAUCAGAAAGGGUUUACGAGCUUCCGUCCUCCUGCUGCUGAGCGCCCCCUGGGAGAGACCCACAGGGGGGGCACCACAUUGCCACAGCAGCCAUUCUCCUCAGCUGCCCCGAGCAACCAGGAUGACAUCACUAAAGAACGUGAGAACUCUCAGAACCCCAGUGGUGGUCUUGAAACAACAAACAUUAACAGGGCUGAUCAGGAACGCUGGGUUACCGCGGAGAAACCCACCGUUGCCAGGGGAACCGGAACCAUCGAGAUACAGCCCAGAACAUCUCUCUCUGCUGGACAAACCCUUCCAGGAGGAACCUCUGCUGAAAAAACAGAUCCUGCCACAGACAAGGACAGAGCCUCGCUUCCCAGAAGAGUUAGUGUCACAAAAACCCUGCUGACUACACAACCCUCGAAUCCAUCCAGCCCCAACCCUGCCCCCACUACUGCAGUGGCCAGCGUGCUGUGGCCCUCCAGGCUAAGGCCACAGGAGGUACCCAUACACCCAGACACAUCCAGGCUAAGGCCACAGGAGGUACCCAUACACCCAGACACAUCCAGGCUAAGGCCACAGGAGGUACCCAUACACCCAGACACAUCCAGGCUAAGGCCACAGGAGGUACCCAUACACCCAGAUACAUCUUCCACGAGAGCAAGACUUGGCACAGUGGAUGGCAUUAAUCAGAUACAGGACACACACAGGGAGGGCGUAGCUAGCCCACACAUACCCAGAGAGCACAGUCCUAACCCAGGACAAACUUAUAUUCACAGGGACAGGGAACCUAACCCAGGACAAACCUUCACACACACAGAGUCCCGUCUUAACCCAGGACAGACUAACAUUCACAGAGAGACGGCACCUAACCCAGGACAAACUGACAGAGAGUCCCGUCUUAACCCAGGACAAACUAACACUAACAGAGAGACAGCUCCUAACCCAGGACAAACUAACAGAGAGACAGCUCCUAACCCAGGACAAACUAACAGAGAGACGGCACCUAACCCAGGACAAACUAACAGAGAGCACAGUCCUAGCCCAGGACAAACUGACAGAGAGCACAGUCUUAACCCAGGACAAACUAACAUUCACAGAGAGACGGCACCUAACCCAGGACAGAGAUGGUUUUCCCACUCAGAUCCCCGACACACUGGUCCUGUUCUCAGACCCGACAGCUCCCCUGUCAGACACACAACCCUUGCCCCUCCCUCCACCCCCAUGCCCUCUACCCCUCCCGUGCCCCCACCCAAGGCACCCCCCUCCCCCACCAGUCCCAAGAGCCCGCAUCCUGCCCAGCCCGGCCCAGCUGUGCCAGCUGCCCGAGGGAAGCCGCCGCAGAUAUCCUCCAGUGGCGUUGCCACGGUAACCGUGCCAGCGGAAGCAGAUGCCCACCUGCCCUGCGUGGCCAGCGGAGAGCCGAGGCCCUUCCUCUCCUGGACCAAAGUCUCCACAGGAGCCAGUGUGGCCCAAAACACUAGGAUUCAGCGCUUUGAGGUCCAUUCUAACGGAACCCUGAUCAUCCGGAGCACGCUGCCGUCGGACCGGGGGCAGUACAUGUGCAGCGUCCAGAACCAGCACGGGGAGGACCGGGCCGUGGUCUCGCUCGUCGUGCUGUCGGAGCACCCCCGGGUCCUGAGCCCCCGCUACCGAGACGCCACCGUGCACAUGGGCGAGUCCGUGGACCUGGCAUGCCAGUCCCAGGGUCACCCCAGCCCGCUGGUCACCUGGGUUCUACCGGACCGGGGCAUGGUCCACACGAGGUCGCUGGCGAGCACAGGCGUGCCCCAGAGGGUGGCGCUGUUGCCCAACGGCACGCUGCGCGUCACCCAGGCCAGCUACACAGACCGCGGCAUCUACAAGUGUAUCGCCAGCAAUGCGGCGGGAGCCGACUCCGUAACCGUGCGUCUGCACGUCUCCGCUCUGCCGCCUACCAUCCUGCAGGGUCGCCAUGACAACGUCUCGCUACCCGAAGGAAGCACCGCUUACCUGCACUGCUCGGCCCAGGGGGCUCCGCUGCCCGACGUCCGCUGGACCACCCCCGACAACACACAGCUCCGGCCCUCCCAGUUCGUGACGGGGCGGAACCUGUUUGUGUUUCCCAACGGGACGCUGUUCGUGCGAUCGCUGGCGCCGGCCGACGGUGGGCGCUACGAGUGCGCCGCCACCAACGCCCUCGGCGCCGCGUGGAGGGCCGUCAGCCUGACGGUCGUCACGGCCACGGCCGCCGCCGCCGCCGCCUCGGGCCGCGCUCGCAUCACAUCCUCCUCACCCCAGAAGACAGAAGUGCGGUACGGCACCCAGCUGCACCUCCACUGCGUUGCUAUCGGCGACCCAGAGCCGCGGAUCAUUUGGAGGACCCCCUCUAAGAAACUGGUGGAUGCCCAAUACAGUUUUGACCCCAGAUUGAAAGUCUUUCCCAACGGGACCCUGGCCCUCCAAUCCGUGACGGAGAAGGACGAGGGCGACUACCUGUGCGUGGCUCGGAACAAGAUGGGGGACGACUACAUCCCACUGCGCGUCGCCGUGGUCACCAAGCCCGCCAAGAUCGAGCAGAAGCAGUCGGCGGCCAGUCAGGAGGUGACGUACGGCUCGGACCUCAGGGUGGACUGCGUGGCCUCGGGGUUGCCCAACCCGAAGAUCCAGUGGGCUCUGCCAGACGGAACCAUGGUCAACAGCAUCAUGACCUUUAACCCCAGUGUGAGCGGACCCGGGCGCACCCGCAGGUACGUGGUGUUUGACAACGGGACUCUGUUCUUUAACGAGGUGGGCAUGCGGGAGGAGGGCGACUACACCUGCUACGCUGACAACCAGGUGGGCAAAGACGAGAUGAAGGUGAGGGUGAAGGUGGUGGCCGACGCUCCGGUCAUCCGGAGCCGGACCCAGGGGGUGGUGCGGGUCCUCUACGGCGAGUCCGCCUCCCUGAGCUGCGAGGCGAAAGGAGAACCCACACCAGCCGUCCUGUGGUUCUCGCCCGCCAGCCGGACCAUCCCCGCCUCCUCGGACAAGUACCGCAUCCACACUGACGGAACCCUGGUCAUCCAGAAGGCCCAGCGGCUGGACGGAGGGAACUACACUUGUCUGGCUCGGAACAGCGCGGGACAGGCCCGCCAGGUGACCCGCCUCGAGAUCCUGGUGGCUCCGCCCGUCAUCAACGGGCUGAGGGGCGUGGCCAACAGUGUGCGGGUGAGGGGCGUGAGGGACCAGCGGACGCUUCUGGACUGCGAGGCCACGGGGACGCCGGUUCCGCGAAUCGUGUGGGUUCUACCCGAGGACGUGGCUCUGCCCGCGCCGUACUACGGCAGCAGGAUGACGGUGCACCGCAACGGGACGCUGGAGAUCCGCGGGCUGAAGCGCGGAGACGCGGCGGCACCGCUGGCGUGCGUGGCGCGGAACGAGGGCGGAGAGGCGCGUCUGCUGGUGCAGCUGGAGGUGGUGGAUCCUGACGAGAGUAGACCCCCUGCGGCCCCGCCAUCACCGAGCUCCAGGUCAGAGACCCGGCCCCUCACGCUCGGCACCCCCAUCGCCCUCAACUGCACCCUGGAGGGCACAUCCCCGCCCCUCCUCACCUGGAUCCUGCCCAAUGGUUCCCCGCUGGCCAGCGGCGCCCGCUUCUCCCGGUUCUACCACCGCCCCGAUGGGACGCUGCUCAUCAGUAACCCGUCGCUGUCUGAGGUGGGGGUGUACCGGUGCGCGGGGCGGCGCAGUGGGGGGGUGGUGGCAGCGGAGCGGAGCGUGGUGCUGGUGCAGGGGCGCCCCCCAGAGAUCAGCAACCGCUACAGCAACCCCAUCAGCAUCCUCAACGGAGCCAGCCUGCAGUUACACUGCCAGGCCAGAGAGGGCGCCACCACCACGCGCUUGAGCUGGACCCUGCCCAGCGGGGUGGUUCUGACCCAAACUCAGCGCGCCGGCCGCUACGCCGUCCUGCCCAACGGAACCCUGUCCGUCGCCCAGGCGUCGGUGUACGACCGCGGCUCGUACGUGUGCCGCGUGGCCAACGAGUACGGCAGCGCCGCGCUCACGGUGCCCGUCAUCAUCAUCACGUACGCGCCGCGCAUCACCAACGGCCCCGCCCCCACCACGCAGGCCCGCCGCGGGGUCGCCGUGCAGCUCAACUGCGCCGCCACGGGGCUCCCGCGCCCCGAGAUCGCCUGGGAAACGCCCGACAGGACACGCCUGGUGGUCAGCCCGCAGCCGCGCCUGUUUGGGAACAAGUACCUUCACCCCCAGGGGGCGCUCAUCAUCCAGAACCCCUCCCCCCGCGACUCCGGCUUCUACCGCUGCACCGCUCGCAACGUCAUCGGAGUCGACUCGAAAGGCACCUACCUGACUGUGUUCUAAAAACAUACUCUUUAAAGGACACCUACCUGACUGUGUUCUAAAAACAUACUCUUUAAAGGACACCUACCUGACUGUGUUCUAAAAACAUACUCUUUAAAGGGCACCUACCUGACUGUGUUCUAAAAACAUACUCUUUAAAGGGCACCUACCUGACUGUGUUCUAAAAACAUACUCUUUAAAGGGCACCUACCUGACUGUGUUCUAAAAACAUACUCUUUAAAGGGCACCUACCUGACUGUGUUCUAAAAACAUACUCUUUAAAGGACUGUGUUCUAAAAACAUACUCUUUAAAGGGCACCUACAGUACCUGACUGUGUUCUAAAAACAUACUCUUUAAAGGGGAACCUACCUGACUGUGUUCUAAAAACAAACUCUUUAAAGGACACCUACCUGACUGUGUUCUAAAAACAUACUCUUUAAAGGGCACCUAUGUGUUCUAAAAACUCUCUUUAAAGAGCACCUAUCUGACUGUGUUCUAAAAACAUACUCUUUAAAGGGAACCUACCUGACUGUGUUCUAAAAACAUACUCUUUAAAGGGCACCUACCUGACUGUGUUCUAAAAACAUACUCUUUAAAGGACUGUGUUCUAAAAACAUACUCUUUAAAGGAACCUACCUGACUGUGUUCUAAAAACAUACUCUUUAAAGGGCACCUAUGUGUUCUAAAAACACUCUUUAAAGAGCACCUACCUGACUGUGUUCUAAAAACAUACUCUUUAAAGGGGAACCUACCUGACUGUGUUCUAAAAACAAACUCUUUAAAGGGCACCUACCUGACUGUGUUCUAAAAACAUACUCAUUAAAGGGCACCUACCUGACUGUGUUCUAAAAACAUACUCUUUAAAGGGCACCUACCUGACUGUGUUCUAAAAACAUACUCUUUAAAGGGCACCUACCUGACUGUGUUCUAAAAACAUACUCUUUAAAGGGCACCUACCUGACUGUGUUCUAAAAACAUACUCUUUAAAGGGACCCUACCUGACUGUGUUCUAAAAACAUACUCUUUAAAGGGACCCUACCUGACUGUGUUCUAAAAACAUACUCUUUAAAGGGCACCUACCUGACUGUGUUCUAAAAACAUACUCUUUAAAGGGCACCUACCUGACUGUGUUCUAAAAACAUACUCUUUAAAGGGACCCUACCUGACUGUGUUCUAAAAACAUACUCUUUAAAGGGCACCUACCUGACUGUUCUAAAAACAAACUCUUUAAAGGGAACCUACCUGACUGUGUUCUAAAAACAUACUCUUUAAAGGGCACCUACCUGACUGUGUUCUAAAAACAUACUCUUUAAAGGGCACCUACCUGACUGUGUUCUAAAAACAUACUCUUUAAAGGGACCCUACCUGACUGUGUUCUAAAAACAUACUCUUUAAAGGGCACCUACCUGACUGUUCUAAAAACAAACUCUUUAAAGGGAACCUACCUGACUGUGUUCUAAAAACAUACUCUUUAAAGGGCACCUACCUGACUGUGUUCUAAAAACAUACUCUUUAAAGGGACCCUACCUGACUGUGUUCUAAAAACAUACUCUUUAAAGGGCACCUACCUGACUGUGUUCUAAAAACAUACUCUUUAAAGGGCACCUACCUGACUGUGUUCUAAAAACAUACUCUUUAAAGGGACCCUACCUGACUGUGUUCUAAAAACAUACUCUUUAAAGGGCACCUACCUGACUGUGUUCUAAAAACAUACUCUUUAAAGGGCACCUACCUGACUGUGUUCUAAAAACAUACUCUUUAAAGGGCACCUACCUGACUGUUCUAAAAACAAACUCUUUAAAGGGAACCUACCUGACUGUGUUCUAAAAACAUACUCUUUAAAGGGCACCUACCUGACUGUGUUCUAAAAACAUACUCUUUAAAGGGACCCUACCUGACUGUGUUCUAAAAACAUACUCUUUAAAGGGCACCUACCUGACUGUGUUCUAAAAACAUACUCUUUAAAGGGCACCUACCUGACUGUGUUCUAAAAACAUACUCUUUAAAGGGACCCUACCUGACUGUGUUCUAAAAACAUACUCUUUAAAGGGCACCUACCUGACUGUGUUCU